AACUUUAAAAAGGACGAAGAUCGUCUGCCAAGCUUUUCUAGGUUUUCUUACCGUCUGCACUGCAUCGCCGCGCAUUCCGUGGGAAUCCGUCGCUUAUCGCUUCCAACUUGUAUGCAAGUGACUGGACUGACUCGUAGCAACGAUGAUACAGCAGUUUCAUCCAGUGCAAAGAAACAUCAAAGUGAACAGCAGAUUACCAAGCACGGGAUUCACGAUGCACGGCAGACGACGUCUGCAAAAUUCUGCCAGGAACAAUCCGAAAUGGCUGUUUCAGGAACAGUCGUUAUGGGGGAAGGGGUGAUGCCUCGAGAGGAAGGGGAGUCUCUGCUGCGGUUGCCCCCCGUGACAGUGGUUCAGCCCCCCAUCUCAAGACCGCCUCGAGACAGGGCAAACUUGCUUUACAUCAUCAUGGUCAUCCAUGGGAUUGGUACCCUCAUGCCCUGGAACAUGUUCAUCAAUGCGAAAAAUUACUUCACAGACUACAAACUGGUCAGCCACGGCAACAGCACUGAGGACGCGACACUACAGGAAUUCCGCAAGAACCUCAUGGGCUACUUGACCUUGUCGUCCCAGCUGCCGAGUGUGCUCUGCAGUUUCCUCAACCUGUUUCUACAGUUCGGGGACGGGAGUCUGACGCCACGCAUUGUGGGGAGCCUCCUGGUGGCCGUGACCAUGUUUGUGUUGACGGUGAUAUUGGCCAUGGUGGACUCCACGUCUUGGCCCGUAGUCUUUUUCUACCUCACGAUGGUGACAGUUGUCAUUCUUAACAUGGCGUGCGGCACCUACCAGAACAGCAUCUACGGAGUGGCAGCGAAGCUUCCACAAAAAUACUCUAACGCCGUCGUACUGGGCUCUAAUCUAUGUGGAACUCUGAUAGCGGUACUCAACAUUGUGAGCAUAGCUCUGUCUCCGAACCAGCGCACAGCAGCUGUCUAUUACUUCGUGUCAGCAUUAUUUAUCCUUCUCGUCUGCCUGGACACCUAUUUUGCCCUGCCUCUGCUGCGGAGUUACCGCUACUACGAAAAGCCGAUCACGUCAUCUUCUACGCCGAGGCGAAGGAUGCCACCGUAUUGGUUUAUCUUCAAAAAGGUGUGGCCCCAGUGCCUCAACGUGUUCCUCGUGUUCUUUGUGACACUGGCCUUGUUCCCUGGAGUGGCAUCAGCUAUUGAAAGAUACAGCAAAUCAUUUCCAAUCCCUGUGAAAUACUUCACGGAGGUCACGUGUUUCCUUUUCUUCAACCUAUUUGCCCUGGUGGGCAACAUUGUGCCAAUCUGGAUCCGAUGGCCAGGCCCUCGGUUUCUGUGGGUUCCCGUGGUGGCCCGCCUCGUGUUCCCGCCCCUGUUUGUGGCGUGCAACUACGCCCCUGCGAAGCGCGUGAUUCCAGUGUACAUCACGAACGAUUGGGCUUACGUCGCCAUCAUGAUAUCUUUUGCCUUUAGCAGCGGUUAUCUGAGUAGCCUCUCCAUGAUGUAUGCGCCUGGGACCGUGCCCAGUGACCUGGCCCCUGUUGCUGGAAUGAUGGCCGCCUUCUUCCUCCUCCUGGGAAUCUUUGUCGGCGGAAACACCGUCUUCCUCACCACGUGGCUUUUCACCAAAAAUUGAUUGUCAUCUUCACCACCACCACCACCACCAUCAUCCGUCCAUCUAGGCGCACCCAUCUCACCAGAGUCUCAUGUUGUGUUUACAUGAACAUGUUGGGGAAUCUACAACCAUGUUACCAUGACGCGGACAGUGCCAGACUAGUCGAAAAUGCUCAACCCGAGGACAAGAAGUGGGGCGGGGCGAGGGUAAAAUUGCACGUGCCAUAUCAAAAUAUUAUUACUGUCUCACCGCACCAUUCCCAGGGUUUCGAGUUUUCAGGGAAUGAUAUUUGGUUAUUUCGAUUAUUUCUUUUCUUUUAGUUAAUAUUAUUACGUGCACUGCAAGCAGAGUGGGAGAUGUUUUGGAGGUGGUCUACAACAGUGUGCAGCCCAUAGCCUUCCACAAAAUUUGUCAAGAAGUCUCUACUCCGGGAUGAUGUCUCGUAACAAUGCACGUGUCAGUGCUAAAGUUGAUGUGUGUUUGAAACUGUGGCACAUAAUAUAGAUUUGUAGGGUAUCGGGCUUCUUCAGGUGCGUUACUCAAAGUUUUGAAAACUGUAGUUUGUAGAGAAGACCUAAAGGAAAGAUUAGAAGACAUUCAAAGGUCAAAUAGGUCUGACAAUCAUUUCGGAAUUCAAUAAAUCAGAUUCCUGUAGAAAGACUGCCGUUGCUACCUUACCAUAAUUUAUUCUAAUACUUGAAAUCACUAUAGGAAAAACAAAAUUCUGAUACAGCCAUGAAACAAGGUUGCACUUGGGUUUCACGGGUAGGAAGUAGUACCCUAUGCUGUUUGUUGCACAGAAGCAUUCUAUUAUGAUAACUUAGUUAAAGAUGCCCUUUUUUUUUUCCUUCCCCCCUUUGCUGUGUCUUGCUCCACUUUGAUGGGGAGCAAAUAGUUAAGCGUCAUACUGUAUGCCGUAGCCGGUGGUUGUUAUGUUACUUAAAAAAGUAUAAUAUUUAAGUCACUGUUACAGGUAGCUUGCAACAGCAGUUACUCUGUUACAGUGCAGGCUAAGAUCAUAGAGACCCUCGUGCGGAAUAUUGAAGAGAUUAAGCAGCAGAAGUGAUGUGUUAGUUGUGUCUGUUCUGUUUCUUUGUUUGUUUGUUUUUUCAACUUGUAUUGUAUCAUGAGGAUGAGGACAGAAAUUAACAGCUUCUCUUAUUGCUGUCUAAUGAUUGCAGAAAUACCACUUUUAUUGAUACACAUGUCGGUCCGGUUUUAUAUCCAAGUGACAAUACGACAUGGCAUCUGUCUCGAGUGUAAAACUCAAGGUGCAGUGGACAUAACACUAAUCGCAUCAUCAUAGUUGUAAAUAUAUUACUGCUACUUUGCUGUAAAAUCUUGUUUGCAAAAAUAAAUGCCACAAAGCACAACAUUCUAACAUUCAGCAUGCAUAUUGCGUCAUGCUAACAUUAUCAGAACGGAUGCCAGAUUAUUGAAAAGGAAGGAAAAAAAGAAAAACAGAUCAGUUAUGCAUUAUGUUGAUAAAUAAAAUCGGAACGAAGAAAUGUUUGUGCACUUGCUGGUGCAAAUGCCGGUAUUGCUACACCUUGGGCAUGAUUUGUGUUUGUGGAAUAUGUGUUCAUGGUUGUUCAUGUAUGUUUGGUGUCGCCAAAAUGGCAGCAUACUUAAAGAUUAACCUCGUUGCGCAGUGUAUUGUUUGUGUGCAAUAAUAUUUUGUUUGCAUGUGUUUUGACCAUCGCAGAUAAACGUGUGCACGUGUACGUAACAGUGUACAUUAUAGCCGGUCAUGUUCCACUUGCAAGUGACUAGUGUUCCUGCAUACAUGCCAUUUUAUGAGUCUGUUUCCAUAUCAUGCAAGCAGUCUGGUAUAAUUUUAAAUUCAACAACCGAUACUUGUCCGUAAAUAUAGUUUGGAUGGAAAAAAAGAAGUUGUAGUGUACUUACGCAUAAUGUCAUGACAAUCAAUUUGGCACUGAAGAAUUUUUAUAUCGAGCAGCAAGUAGUAUAUAGUGCUGUUUGGUUGCCAUGCCCAAAAAGUGUGGUGCUCUGAGCAUGGAAGAUAGCGAGCUCCAGAUUAUCGCCUAUUUAAUUAAUAUAAUGUAGAGAUAGAUAGGAGAACAAUGCUCUGAACUUAAUACGCAGUCUUGUGGGUGGUGAAACGAUAGCUUUUUGACGUUUCAAACUAAGCAUCUGCAUCACCAACUCCUCAUAUUUGACAGUGGUUUAAUAAUGCUAAAAUGUCUCUCUCUCUCUCUCAAGAAUGCCUUGCGACUUAGAAGGGUAUAGUUGUUACGGUGAACCAAUUAUAAGAAAGUUUGACCCGUUAACUGCUGUUCUAUGGUCAUUUACAUUGGUGUCUUUCAUUGGCAGAGCUGAGUCAAAGUUUUGCCCUGGGAAAGGGGCAAAAACUAUUCCAUCGGGAGUGUCGGGUCAGGUGUUGAAAGUUCCUUGGCGGAGCAGGGGCAAAACAUUUGCUCCAAGGAGCGAUAGUUUUUGACUCGGCGAUUUCCUUCGGGUAAUGCCAGCGGAACACAAGAGACGUGCGCGAUAAGUGAGGCGGUAUUGUCGGAGCUUUCGGUGAAAGCGUGCGUUGCACCUUCAGUGGCGUAGCCAGACCUCUAAGGUAGGGGGGGGCUCGAUACGAAAACUCGCCCCCCCGCCCGCUGAUCCUGUGUCGACAACACACACAUACUUGUGCACACUGCAAACUGAGGAUUAAAAAAAGGAACGAAAAUAGUUGAUUUAGACGUUCACAGUACGAUUACAUGUACAGGCUGUCAUGACCAAUGAGGUGGUGUCACGAGAUUGGAAGUAUUUUGAAAAGCUCAUACUUUGAAAACCAUUCAAGAGUGCUUCUUACAUAGACGCCAUGAACUGCAAGAACUUUCGCGAUCGUCACACUGGUCCCCCCCCCCCCCCCUCACACACACAUACAUUAUGUUCUCGGAUUUGCACGAUUUGUGUGGGUCGGCCCGUGGCAGGUAGGGGGGGCUCGAGUCCCCCCUAGCCCCCCGUGGCUACGCCACUGUGCACCUUACACGAGUGGUCGCAGUUCAUAGCGGAAGCAAACCCGAACAACUUCGCCGGGAGCCCGCCCAAUGGAAUUCGUCAAUGUUUAGAACGCGUGUUUAUUUGCCCUAUUAUUGUGUGGGAACAGUUCUUCCCAGAACGUUUUGCUAUGUCGUUCUGUACGUACCUGACUCGAUGUUAUGGUGAAGUUUGUAUUUGCUCGAUUUUUGUAUGCGCACCUCGUAUAAUAAAGCAUGGUACAUACA